AUGGGUGGCAAGCCGAAAAAGAGGAAGGGUGCUCGGUCUUCAACUGCAGGUCGAGCGCAGGCAUUUGCAAGGAAUUGUGUUAAUAAUAUGGAGUGUCAUAAAGAUAAAAAGCUGAAGAAUAGACGACGUCUGCGUGUGGUACAGCUACAACGCUCAGUGGAUCGUAAACUGCAAGAGUUACGUGCCUUCCCUAAGAAUCCGUCACCACCAAAAGCUCGUGCUCGUAAAGGACCAUUAUUACCAUCGGAAUGGAAGUUAAAGGGUGCAGCUCGACCAGCGGCACUUGUAGCAAAGAUUGCAGCAGGAGAAUUGGAUGAAAGUGGCAAUGAGUUUCCUAAACCAGUGGAGACCUUUGAUUUGUACGACAAGAUGUUGCGGGAAGGAAAAAUGGCAGAGAAUAAGGACACGAGAGAAUAUAUUUGUCUAGUAAAACAACUCGCUGUUGCAUGCUGUGAAGCUGCAAUGCCUGAUCGCGGUAUUAAAAACUAUGAAUUGUGUAUGAAAUUGGAUAAGAAUGACUCUCUCUACUCACGAGAGGGUCUUACGUGUGCGUUGGUGGACGAAGGUCGUGGUGCAGAAGCGAGGGCCUUGAUUGAAAAACAUAUGGACGAGGAAUCGGCUGUGCUAGCGUACUGUCAAGUGAUUAUCGAGUAUGUGUCGUGGGAGGUACUGGAAGAAAAAGGAUCGUCGGAAGAAGUUGUACAAGCAGCGUUCCGCAGGGCAUUUCGAUUGAACCCGUUCAUGGCUGUGGUGAUCGCUUACCAUGAGACGUUCUUCCAAGUCAUGGAGUAUGUGGACGACAUUAGCGAUCCCAAGCAAGGGUCUAUCGAAGAAGCAUUUGUCUAUACUUCGCAAAACAUUGGUGUUUGGAUAGAUACUGUAGGUGCAUGCCAAUGGAUUACGAAAGAGCUAGAUGAACUCUCUGAGCCUGUUGCCACGAAGGAAGAUGUAUCGAAUGAAAUGUACUUGGGCAUGUACGAAACGGCUAUUGAAAUGCACAAAGAGAUGCUUGCAGAGGCAGAGGCUACAGCCGAAGGCAGUGACGCACAUGAAGAAGAAGGAGACGAGUUUGAAGAUUUUGAGCCCGAUGAUAUCAAUGGUGGUGACGACUAA